AUGGCGAACGUAGCACUCCUUGGCUGCACCGGUAUGGUGGGCUCCCACAUACUCACCAGCCUCAUCUCCAAUUCCGCCGUUAAUCGCAUUGAUACCAUCUCUCGCCGAACACCCCCAGCAGCAGCCGAAGCUCCCGCCAAACUCACAACAUUCGUCUCAGAUGAUAGUACCAAGUGGGCCGCGCAGCUCUCGGAAUUGAGCCCAACGCCUGAACUAUUCAUUUCCGCCUUCGGAACUACCAGGGCUGCAGCAGGCGGCUUCGAGAACCAAUACAAGAUCGAGCAUGGAUUAAAUGUGGAACUUGCGCGCGCGGCCCGUGAGGCUGGCACCAAGGUCUGCGUGCUUAUCUCUAGCAGUGGCGCUAACAAGAGUUCUUCUAUCCCGUAUACGCGCAUGAAGGGCGAGAUUGAGGAUGAUAUCAAGGCACUUGGGUUUGAACGGACGGUUAUCCUGCGCCCUGGUUUGAUUGCUGGAACUCGCGAGGAGAGUCGUCCUGCUGAGGCUGCGAUCCGGUUCGUUGCGGGUUGGGCUGGGAAGCUUCACUCUAGCUUGAAGGAUGGAUGGGCGCAAGAAGCGGAUGUUAUUGGUCAGGCUGCCGUUAAAGCUGGGUUGAAGGCUUUGGAGGGUGACAUUCCUUCUGGAGGUGAGAAGGUGUGGUUGAUUGAAGGAAGAAGCAUCAUUGAUAUUGCGAAGGAGUAA